CUUUUUGUUUUCGAUACAUUAUUGAUAUCAUGACAACAACGUCAGUCUCAUCUGAACCCUUAUCCUCUGCCUACUUAUCCAAUUAUAGUUCUACAUCUUCCAUUCAUAGUUUUACACGACGUCAUUCCAUUUAUGGCACAGAAGACAGAGUUGUAUUGGAUAUUGGAUCACUUUAUAUCAAAUGUGGAUUCUCAGGAGAAUCUCAUCCGCGUCAUUUGGUCCCAACAUGGACUCGCCUUGUUCGGUCAAGUAAUAGGGAUGGUGAAGCUUUUCGAAUGGAUGGCAAGCUUUCUGAAUUAUACAAUUUAAACAUCAUGGCAAAAGGCAAUUUACAACAAUUAGAAGGGAAACUGAAAAAGUUACUUCAUGAUAUUUACUUUCGGCUAUUAUUGACUGAUCCUAAAUCAAGAAAAGUGAUUAUUUGUGAAUCUCCACUUCUACCUGUGGUUGUGAAAGAAAUCAUUGCUCGAAUUCUAUUUGAUUAUUUCCAAGUCCCAUCGUUAUCAUUUGUCCCUAUUCAUUUGAUGGCUUUGAUGACCACAGGUUUGACAACAGGUCUUGUUAUUGAUUGUGGUCAUCUUGAAACAACUGUGUUACCGAUCUAUACUGCUAGACCCUUGAUUCCUUAUAUCAGUACCACUCCAUUGGCAGGAAAGGCAGUAACAAAACGAUUGACAUCCUUAUUAUUGGAUCAUGGACGAAUGAUUCCACCUUCCAACCUUCAUAUAUCAUUAGCACCUCAAGUCCCUAUACCACCUUCUGUUUUAACAUCUGAUUUGCUAGAGGAAAUCAAGACAAGAGUCUUGUUUUGUUCAACGUCCACCAGUUUAACCUAUCAACAAGAACAAUCGACAUCACAACGACGACAUGAUACCCUAUCAAGAGAUGAACGCAUUGAACAUGACAAAACCACUAGCCAUGCCACUGAUCUUCAUUUCCCGAUCCAAUUAGCCACAACACAGGAAAAAGCGACCUUAUUGAUUCCAGGAUGGAUUCGUGAACACGCUAUGGAUAUUGUAUUUGAAGGCAAUGAUGAAGAAGAUUACAAACAAGAUGAUGAUGAAUAUGAAUUUGAAACAGGGAUAGCUCAUUGUAUUUUGAAUUGUCUUCGUAAGGUGCCUGCUGAUCUUCGAAAACCAAUGAUCUCUUCUUUACUUGUGGUGGGUGGGACAGCCUUGGUGCCUGGAUUUCAUAACAAGUUGAAACAGACAUUACUGACCAUCUUGAAACAACCAACCCCUCAAGAAUCUUCUCGCUAUUCCUCUUUACUCGGUUUGGCUUCUUUUAUACAAUUCUUGGAUCAUCCUUCUCAAACAGGUCCUCUCUUUCAAAGCAAUGUUCGUGGUUGGAUCGGUGGAUCAUUGAUGGGAUCUCUCAAAUUAUCAGGUGAAGAAAUGGUCAAAGAAAAAUUCAAUGGUUCAGUGACAGAUUGGUCAAUAGGACAGUCUAUAGGACAUUGGUCUCAAUCAGAAUAGAAUUUUUUUUGUAUAACUAGUUUUGAAUUAUGACAUUUGGUAAUAAAUAAAAUUUUUUUUUAUUAUUUUGAAUCCGAC